UCCUCUUUUCUUUCUUUCUUUUUUUUUUCCUCCUCUCAUGUGUUCACUUCCGGGUCCGGUGCCGCUCCGGAUGCUCGAGGCCGAAGGAUGUUUGACCUCCGGAUAAGCGAGGCGCCGCCGUGCAUUCAUUCCCGGUUGCAUCGGUGGCCACAGCCGCGGCCCGGACAGCGACUCGGCGCUCAGCGGCGGCAGUAGGAGGCGCCGGCAGCGGCGGCGGCGGCGGCGGCGGCGCGCAGAGCCAGUCGACGCGGGCCGGGCCUUCCCCCCACCUCCACCCUCGCUCGCGCCUUCCUUGCCCGGCCUCGUUCAUCUUCUGCGGCCGCCCGGCGGCGGGGAUGUGCCGGCGCUGACGGGCUGGCGGGCGGGCGGACUCGCGCGCCGGGCCGAGCCCGCUGCCCGCGGCGGCGCCACUAAGCUCUCUAUCAACACCAGCUUGUAUCACCGAGAAGGUAAUUUUGAAGACAUACUUUGCUGAGAAGGAAUUUUGAAGACAUACUUUGCUGAGAAGAUAAUUUUGAAGACAUAUUUUGCUGAGAAGCUAAUUUUGAAGACAUACUUUGCUGAGAAGACAGCUGUGAACAGUUGUCCGAAUGGGAUGAACACGCAUCAGUUGACGGUCUACCCGCUGAAGUCUGAAUGCUGACAUUGCUCAUCGGGUACUGUUACCUAGUGAUGCACCUACUCUUACAGUACCCCAUUUCAUUGUGCUUGUCUUGAUUAAAGAAUUCAAAGUGGAGUACCGCAAACUUGAUAUGGAUAGUAAAAAGAAAGACAAGGACAAAUCAGAUGAUAGAAUGGCACGACCCAGUGGUCGAUCAGGGCACAGCACUCGAGGAACUGGGUCUUCGUCAUCCGGAGUUUUAAUGGUUGGACCUAACUUUAGAGUUGGGAAAAAAAUUGGAUGUGGCAAUUUUGGAGAAUUACGAUUAGGUAAAAAUUUAUACACAAAUGAAUAUGUGGCAAUUAAACUGGAGCCCAUGAAAUCCAGAGCACCACAGCUGCAUUUGGAAUAUAGAUUCUAUAAGCAGUUAGGAUCUGGAGAUGGUAUACCUCAAGUUUACUAUUUUGGCCCUUGUGGUAAAUACAACGCUAUGGUGCUGGAACUGCUGGGACCUAGUUUGGAAGAUUUGUUCGACCUAUGUGAUAGAACAUUUUCUCUGAAAACAGUCCUUAUGAUAGCUAUACAACUGAUUUCUCGCAUGGAGUAUGUCCACUCAAAGAACCUGAUAUACAGAGAUGUGAAACCCGAGAACUUCUUAAUAGGAAGACCAGGAAACAAAACCCAGCAAGUCAUUCAUAUCAUAGAUUUUGGUUUGGCAAAGGAAUAUAUUGAUCCAGAGACAAAGAAACAUAUACCAUACAGAGAACACAAAAGCCUUACAGGAACAGCUAGGUACAUGAGCAUAAACACACAUCUAGGAAAAGAGCAGAGUAGAAGAGAUGAUUUAGAAGCUUUAGGCCAUAUGUUCAUGUACUUCCUGAGAGGCAGUCUUCCUUGGCAAGGCUUAAAGGCUGACACAUUAAAAGAGAGAUAUCAGAAAAUUGGAGACACGAAACGAGCCACACCAAUAGAAGUGUUGUGUGAAAACUUUCCAGAAGAAAUGGCAACAUAUCUUCGUUAUGUACGAAGGCUAGAUUUCUUUGAAAAACCAGACUAUGAUUACCUAAGAAAGCUUUUUACCGACUUGUUUGAUCGCAAAGGAUAUAUGUUUGAUUAUGAAUACGACUGGAUUGGUAAACAAUUGCCUACUCCGGUGGGUGCAGUUCAGCAAGACCCUGCUCUGUCAUCGAGCAGAGAAGCACACCAGCACAGGGAUAAGAUGCAGCAGUCUAAAAACCAGUCGGCAGACCACAGGGCAGCUUGGGACUCCCAGCAGGCAAAUCCCCACCAUUUGAGAGCUCACCUUGCAGCAGACAGACAUGGUGGCUCGGUGCAGGUGGUAAGUUCUACAAAUGGAGAGUUAAACACAGAUGACCCCACGGCAGGACGAUCAAAUGCGCCCAUCACAGCCCCUACAGAGGUAGAAGUGAUGGAUGAAACCAACUGCCAGAAAGUAUUGAAUAUGUGGUGCUGCUGUUUUUUCAAACGAAGGAAAAGGAAAACCAUACAACGUCACAAAUGACUGGACACAGACAGAUCCUGGGGAGUUACUUACUUGUUCAUAUGCUGUCUCGUGAUUAAAAUCAUCUCUGUAGUGACCACAUAUAUUUUCAAGGACUCACUCUUGAAACAAAAAUGUCAUACUUUCAUAUUUCAUUUUGUGGUUUGUCUUACAUUCAUUUCCGCUCCUAAUUUAACUUUAUGGAAGCUUUAAAAUUUUGUCAAAAUGUGAGUGCUUUGCCCAUCAUUGAAUGGAAUGGACCAAUGAAGUGGUAUUGAUGAACACAGUUCCGGAGGACAUUUUCCAGAAGCUCUUCUAUUAUAGAAAACGAUACAGGUGUCCAAGUGUCAAUUAAUUGCACCUAAUUUGAUUUUUUUAAUGUCUUCUAUAAAAGCAUAAUCAAACAAAAAUUUUCUUCCCAAUGGAUAGUGCAGCAGAGAAAACAGUUGCCCAAAUAUUAAAAACAACUUUCUUGAAAA